AUGCCCUACAAAUUCCUUCGCUGUGGUAAAUGCUUUAGCAACUACGGUAACUUGGUGAUACAUCACAGGACUCACACCAAGGAGACAGUGUGUGAGUGUCCAGUUUGUGGGAAAAGUUUCAUUAGAAAUUCCCACUUCAUGAGUCACCAGAGGAUUCACAAAGGGAAAUUCUUUGAAUGUCCUGACUGUGGGAAAAGUUUCAGUCAGAAUUCCCACCUGGUGAUACACCGGAGGACUCACACAGGCGAGAAACCCUUUGAAUGUCCUGACUGUGGGACGCGUUUCCGUCAGAUUUCUAACCUGGUGACACACCAGAGGACUCACACAGGAGAGAAACCCUUUAAAUGUCCCGAGUGUGGGAAAAGUUUCAGUCAGAUUUCUAACCUGGUGACACACCAGAGGACUCACACAGGAGAGAAACCCUUUGAAUGUCCUGAUUGUGGGAAAGGUUUCAGUCAUAAUUCUAGCCUGGUGAUACACCAGAGGAUUCACACAGGAGAAAAACCCUAUGAAUGUCCUGAGUGUGGGAAACGUUUCGGUUAUAAUUCCAGCCUGACAAUGCACCGGAGGACACACAUAGGAGAAAAACUGUAUGAAUGUCCAGAGUGUUGGAGUAGUAAGAAUUAUAGUAAAAAUUUUAGUAAGAAUUCCAGCCUAGUGACAUAUCAGCAAAUUCACACAGGAGAGAAACUGUAUGAUUGUACGAUUUGUGGUAAAAGUUUCAGUCAGAAUUUCUACCUGGUGAAAAAGCAAAGGACUUACACAGGAGAGAAAUUAUAUGAGUGUUCAGAUUGUGGGAAAAGUUUCACUAGAAAAUUCCAGCUCACAAGUCACCAGAGCAUACAUACAGGAGAAAAAUCGUUCAAAUGUCCUGAGUGUGGGAAAAGUUUCAGUCAGAAUUCCAGCUUGGUGAGACACCAGAGGACUCACACAGGAGAGAAACCCUUUGAAUGUCCUGUCUGUGGGAAAAGUUUCACUCGGAAUUCUGACCUGGUAAUACAUCAGAGGAUUCACACAGGAGAGAAACCAUAUGAGUGUCCAGAUUGUGGGAAACGUUUCAGUCGAAAUUCCAACCUGGUGAAACAUCAGAAGACUCACACAGGAGAGAAGCCCUUUCAGUGUCCUGAUUGUGAGAAACGUUUCAGUCAGAAUUAUGAACUAGUGAUACACCAGAGGAUUCACACAGCAGAGAAAUCAUAUGAGUGUCCAGAGUGUGGGAAAAGUUUCAUUAGAAAAUUCCAGCUCAAAAGUCACCAGAGAAUACACACAGGAGAGAAACCAUUUGAAUGUCUUGAUUGUGGGAAGAGUUUCAGUCAGAACUCCGGCCUGGUGAGACACCAGAGAACUCACACAGGAGAGAAAUUCUUUGAAUGUGCUCUUUGUGGCAAAAGUUUCAGUCAAAAUUACAGCCUGGUGAUACACCAGAGGACUCACACAGGAGAGAAACCGUAUGAGUGUCCAGAUUGUGGCAAAAGUUUCAGUCACAAUUCUAACCUGGUGAAGCAUCAGAGGAUUCACACAGGAGAAAAACCCUUUGAAUGUCCUGAUUGUGGGAAAGGUUUCAGUCAGAAUUAUGAACUAGUGAUACACCAGAGGAUUCACACAGGAGAGAAACCCUUUGAAUGUCCUAAUUGUGAGAAAAGUUUCAGUCAAAAUUCCCUCCUGUUGAUUCAUCAGAGGACUCACACAGGAGAGAAACCAUAUGAAUGUCCAGAGUGUGGGAAAAGUUUCAGUCAGCGUUCCAGUCUGGUGACACACAAGAGGAUUCACACAGGAGAGAAACCAUUUGAAUGUCCUGAUUGUGGGAAAAAAUUCAGGGAAAAUUCCAGUCUGGUGAGACACCAGAGGAAUCACAAAGGAGACAAACCCUUUGAAUGUGCUGUUUCUGGCAAAAGUUUCAAUUGGAAUUCCAACCUGGUGAUACACCAGAGGAUUCAAAUCGGGGGAGACCUGAAAAGUGUCAGUUACCGUUCCAGUCUGGUGAUACACCAGAGGAUUCACACAGGAGAGAAACCAUUUAAAUGUUCUGAGUGUGGUAAACGUUUCAAUCAGAAUUCCUACCAAAGGACUCACAUAGGAAAUAAAUCAUCUCAGUGUCCAGAUUGUGGGAAAAGAUUCAUUAGAAAAUUCCAGCUCAUGAGUCACCAGAGAAUAGAGACAGGAGAGAAACUAUUUGAAUGUCUUGAUUGUGGGAAGAGUUUCAGUCAGAAUUCCGACCUGGUGAGACACCAGAGGACUCACACAGGAGAGAAACCCUUUGAAUGUGCUCUCUGUGGAAAAAGUUUCAGUGAGAAUUUUAGCCUGGUGAUACACCAGAGGACUCACACAGGAGAGAAACCGUAUGAGUGUCGAGAUUGUGGCAAAAAUUUCAGUCACAAUUCCAACCUUGUGAAACAUCAGAAGACUCACACAGGAGAGAAACCCUUUGAAUGUUCUGAGUGUGAGAGAAGUUUCAGUCAGAAUUAUGAACUAGUGAUACACCAGAGGAUUCACACAGGAGAGAAACCAUAUGAGUGUCUGGUUUGUGGAAAAAGUUUCAGUUACCGUUCCAGUCUGGUAAUACACCAGAGGAUUCACACAGGAGAGAAACCCUUUAAAUGUCCCGAGUGUGGGAAAUGUUUCAUUCGGCUUUGUCACCUGGAGACACACCAGAGGAUACACACAGGAGAGAAACCGUUUAAAUGUCCUGAGUGUGGGAAAAAUUUCAGUCAGAUUUCUAACCUGGUGUCACACCAGAGGACUCACACAGGAGAGAAACCCUUUGAAUGUCCUGAUUGUGGGAAAGAUUUCAGUCACAAUUCCAGCCUGGUGAUACACCAGAGGACUCAUACAGGAGAGAAACCUUUUGAAUGUCCUGAUUGUGGGAAAGAUUUCAGUCACAAUUCCAGCCUGGUGAAACACCAGAGGACUCACACAGGAGAGAAACCCUAUGAAUGUCCCGAGUGUGGGAAAAGUUUUAGUUAUAAUUCCAGCCUGGUAACGCACCAGAGGAUUCACACAGGAGAAAAACUAUGAGUGCCCAUAUUGGAAUAGUUUUAGUAAGAAUUCCAGCCUGGUGACACACCAGAGAAGUCACACAAGAGAGAGACUGUAUGAUUGUCUGAUUUAUGGUAAACGUUUCAGUCAGAAUUCCUACCUGGUGAAACACCAAAGGACUUAUAGGAAAGAAAUCAUAUGAGUGUCCA